UCGUCCUCGAGAAAUUUCCCCAUCAACAACAACACGACGAUCGUCUGCCACAAGAUCAGCCAGGUACUGUGACCGCUGCCAUCAAUACCCAGGAAUGUCUAAACGGCAAGCAUCAGAGGCUUUCGAAGAUCUCUCGGGCGUUGACUCGCCGGCAUCCAAGAAGUCGAGAUUUGACGACUACAAUAAGAGCCUGACCCCGGUCAGCGCAAACGGAAACGGCGACGAACAGAGCGAAUCCGCGCAUCCAAAUGGGCUGGGAAAUGUGGAAGAUGGAGAGACGGACCGUUACUCUGAUGAUGACGAGACGGACGAGAGGGCACCCAUCAGGCAGUCAGCGCCGACGGCAGGCUACGACGACCUUUACCUAGACACGAUCGACCGCAAUGUCCUCGAUUUUGAUUUCGAGAAGCUCUGCUCCAUCACCCUAUCCAACAUCAACGUCUACGCAUGUCUAGUAUGCGGGAAGUACUACCAGGGCCGAGGCCCCAAAUCGCACGCCUACUUCCACGCGCUCGACGAGGACCACCACGUCUUCAUCAACAUGAGCACCCAGAAGGUCUAUGUGCUGCCCGAAGGGUACGAGGUCAUGAGCAAAUCCCUCGACGACAUCAAGUACGUGUCAGAUCCGCGGUACACACGGCAAGAAGUGGCCGAGUUUGAUCGCGUACACCGCACAUCCUGGACGCUCCAAGGGAAGGAGUAUACCCCUGGCUUUGUGGGAAUGAACAAUAUUAAGGAGAACGACUACCUCAAUGUCAUUGUGCAAGCCCUCUCCCACGUCUCGCCCUUGCGAAACUAUUUCCUUCUUGAAGACUUUAGUUCCUCACCGGAGCUUGUCAAGCGGGCGUCGAUCCUCUUUCGCAAGAUCUGGAACCCGCGCGCCUUCAAGUCACAUGUCUCUCCCCACGAACUCCUCCAAGAAAUCUCCCUGCGAUCCAACAAGCGAUUCACUUUGACCGCCCAAUCUGACCCUGUCGAGUUCCUCUCCUGGUUUCUCAACAACCUGCACCUCGGCCUCGGUGGGUCCAAAACCAAACCCGGCUCGAGCGUAAUCCAGCGCAUCUUCCAGGGCAAACUUAAGGUCGAGUCGCAAGCCAUCACGGCGCGGGCGGACGCGUUGGACCGCCUGCGUUUCGAGGAAGCGGCCGAGGUGAAGGUGGAAACGGCCCGCUUCCUCCUCCUGACGCUCGACCUGCCGCCCGCGCCGCUCUUCCAGGACGAGCAGGAGCGCAACAUCAUCCCGCAAGUGCCCUUAACCACCAUCCUGUCCAAGUACAACGGCGUGACGGCGCAAGAGCUCAACGCGCAGCGCCGGCGGUACCGCCUGCUGCACCCGCUCCCGCCCUUUCUGGUCCUGCACGUCAAGCGCUUCAGCAAGAACAAGUUCGUCGCCGAGCGCAACCCCACCAUCGUCACUUUUGACCCGAAAAACCUCGACCUGUCGCCCUACGUCGAGCCCGACCCGGCCCACCACCCCCCGGGGGAGCCCAUCUGGUACGACCUCGUCGCCAAUGUGGUGCACGAGGCGGUGCGCGCAAAGGAGGACGUGGCCGACAGCGCCGUCGGCGAGGAGCGCAAGACGUGGAAGGUCCAGCUGCGCGACAAGGCCACCGACGAGUGGGUCGUCGCGCAGGACCUGUUUGUGGACAAGAUCCGGAGCGAGCUGUUGUACCUCGGCGAGACGUACCUGCAAAUCUGGGAGAGGAGGAGGGGGCCGCCGCCGUCGGCUGGAAAGGGAAAAGGGAAGGGGUAAAAGAGAGAGGGAAGGAGACGAGACGGGUGACCAGCGUGAUGAGACUGAUGUAGCUAGGAGAAGGACGGGAGAGGGGAGAUACCAAGAUUUUGUGUCAAAGAUACCAAUGGAAUGUGAAUUUGCAGUGAGCUGGUUGGCAAAUCACCAAC